AUGGUGCUGGCUGUGGCCACCACGGAGGUGGCUGGAGGUGACGCGGGGCCGGUCCCCGCGCAGAUGGCCUCACGGCACGUGGCACUGCUGGCGGUGCUGAAGCUGGUGCCGCGGUGGCUGGCCGCCCUCCUGGUCCGCACCGGCCUCAUCUACUGGAUCUCGCCCGUCUUCCGCAUGGCGGCCACCAGCCACAGCGAGGCUGUGGCCCGGCUGACGGCCGACCGCGACCUGCGCGCCCUGCUCAGCUACCUCUUCUACGGCACGGCCCCACGGGACUCCAGCUUUCUGGUGAACAUGCUGAUGGUGCACCACUACCAACGAGGGGCCUGGUACCCCCGGGGGGGGGCCAGCGAGAUCGCCUUUCACACCGUGCCCCUCAUCGAGCGCGCGGGGGGGGCUGUGCUGGUGCGAGCCCCCGUCACCCGCAUCCUCGUCUCCCCCGCCGGCACUGCUGUGGGGGUGGUGGUGCAGAAGGGGCCGAGCGAGGAGGAGGUGGAGAUCUUCGCCCCCCUCGUCAUCUCCGACGCCGGCAUCUUCAACACCUUCGGCAAGCUGUUGCCCCCCCCCCUCCGCAGCCACCCAGGCAUCCGCUCCCGCCUGGCCAUGGUGCGACACGGCAUGGGCUCCUUCCUGGUGUUCGUGGGGCUGCGGGGCAGCGCGGCCGAGCUGGCCCUGCCCGCCACCAACUUCUGGAUCUACCCCCACAACGACCUAGAUGCCAUGAUGACCCGCUACGCUGCCCUGAGCCGUGAUGACGUCCCCGAAAACCUGGCCAUGAUGUUCAUCACCUUCCCUGCCGCCAAGGAUCCCACCUACGAGCAGCGGCACCCAGGCCGGUCAUGCAUGACCAUCCUGACCAUGGCGCGGUACGAAUGGUUCGAGGAGUGGGCUGGGACCCGCGCCAAGCACCGGGGCCCCGACUACCAGCGGUACAAGCUGGCCAUUGCCCAGCGCCUGCUGGAACGGGCACUGCAGCGCUUCCCCCACCUCCGUGACAAGGUGACGGGGGGUCCCCACGGUGUCUGGUGGGGGGACAUGGACCCAGGCGUCCAAAUGGCCCCUUUUGGGACCAUCCGGAUGCCUGGGCCCAUGCCCCCCCCCCCAAGUGAAGGGUAG